AUGCAACAACCAGGGCGAUCACUCCCUCGAUCCUGGACUUCGACACUAAAACUCCCCAAAUCAAGUUUCCCUCCACGCGUGUCACCAGCCGACCGAACAAAAUAUCUGAAACGAUGCACCGAUGAGCUGUACGCCUGGCAGCGUCGCGAACGACCUGCGACUAAACCGUUCGUCCUCCACGAUGGCCCGCCCUACGCGAACGGUGAAUUGCAUGUCGGACAUGCGUUGAACAAAAUCACCAAGGAUAUCAUCAACCGGGUGCAAUUGAGCCGGGGCAAGCAAGUGCGCUAUGUCCCCGGAUGGGAUUGUCAUGGAUUGCCAAUUGAACUCAAGGCGCUACAAGGCCUGCACGAUACCGAUGUUCUGGAUAGAUCUCUCAGCGCUGCUGUGAUUCGAAAAGCUGCUAGGCAGCUUGCGCGACAGACGGUGAAGGAGCAAAUGAAAGGGUUCAAAGGAUUCGGAGUCAUGGCGGAUUGGGAGAACCACUGGAAGACAAUGGACCACAACUUCGAAAUGCGCCAGCUAGGAAUUUUCCGCGAAAUGGUUGAUCAUGGACUCAUCUACCGCAAGUUCAAGCCCGUUUAUUGGUCGCCGUCAACUGGAACCGCGCUCGCGGAAGCUGAGCUCGAAUAUAAGGAUGAUCACAUUUCGACUGCGGCUUUGAUCAAAUUUCCGCUUGAAAAUAUCCCUGAACACCUCGCCAAUAAUCCUCUUCUAGCGAAUAAAGAGGUCAGCGCUGUUAUCUGGACCACUACCCCGUGGACAUUGCCUGCGAAUGCUGCAAUUGCGGUUAGCGAAGAGCUACACUAUGCAAUUGUAGAGUCGGAGCAACACGGUCUUCUGCUUAUCGCUCAGUCCCGUAUCGAAUACAUGGAGAAGAUGCUGAAGGAAGACUUGUCCGUCAUUAUCCCUGACAUCCUUGGAUCCGAACUGGGCGAAAAGGCCACCUACCGACCUCUUUGCAAGGGCCCCGAGGCGAAAGCCCAGCCAAUCAUCGCUGCUGACUUUGUGACCGCUGACUCUGGAUCUGGCAUGGUUCACUGCGCCCCUGGACAUGGUAUGGAUGACUAUGAAGCUUGCCUGGCCCGUGGAAUCGAGGUGUUCGCACCCGUGAACGACGAGGGAAGAUUUACAGACAAGGCUAUGCCGCAUGAUCCUUCUCGCUUGAGUGGCAAAUCCGUCCUCGGCGAGGGUAAUGAGGCAGUCUUAGAAUUUGCACAGGAACGCAACCAACUUCUUGCUCAACACAAAUACGAGCACAAAUAUCCCUACGACUGGCGAUCCAAGCAACCGAUCAUUAUCCGGGCCACUGAACAAUGGUUUGCCGAUGUGGCAGACAUCCGUAAGAACGCGCUGCAAUCGCUGGAAGAUGUCCGAUUUGUUCCCGAGACUGGCAAGACUCGACUCCAAAACUUCAUCAAGAACCGCAGCGAAUGGUGUAUAUCGCGCCAACGUGCUUGGGGUGUCCCCAUUCCCGCUCUUUACCACCGUACCACUGGCGAGGCUGUUCUCACUAAGGAAAGCGUGUCGCAUAUUAUGGACACCAUUAAGGAGCGCGGUAUCGAUGCCUGGUGGACAGACAGCGCUGAUGACCUCGCUUGGAUUUUACCAUCGCUACGUGAUGGCUCUACGGGCUAUCGCCGUGGAACCGAUACGAUGGAUGUCUGGUUCGACAGUGGUACUAGCUGGGCGGAGAUUGAUGUGCCCACGGAAGGACGAAGCCACCCUGCAGAUGUUUACCUCGAGGGAAGCGAUCAACAUCGUGGCUGGUUCCAGUCGGGUCUUCUUACCUACACUGCGCACCAGCUCGCCUCCGGCAAGACUGAUACCCGUGCUCCUUUCCGUAACUUGAUCACACAUGGAUUUACUCUGGACGAGGCUGGCCGUAAGAUGAGCAAGUCCAUCGGCAACACCAUCGCCCCCCAGACAAUCAUGGACGGUACCUUAUUGCCCCCUCUGAAGCCCCGAAAGGGCAAGGGUAAGAAGCAGGCCGAAAACCAAGAACCCUCCUUCGACGCUCUGGGCCCUGAUGCGCUUCGAUUGUGGGCCGCGGGUAGCGACUACACCCACGAUGUCGUUAUUGGGAAGCAGGUCCUGCAAGGCGUUCAUACCAGUCUGCACAAGUUCCGGGUGACCUUCAAGCUGCUGCUGGGCGCUCUUGGUGACUUCUCACCGAAGAAUGCCGUGGCGUACGACCAACUGCAGCAGGUUGACCGCAUAGCCUUGAAGCACCUCUCCGACAUGACCGUCGCUUCUCAAAAGUCCUACGACAACUUCGAGUUCUACAAAUCCGUCAACAUCCUCAACCGCUGGGCCAACCUUGAAUUUUCAGCCUUUUACAUGGAAGCCAUCAAGGACCGCUUGUACACCCUUGGUGAGAACAGUGCCAGCCGCCGUGCCGCCCAGACAACCCUGUUCUACAUCUUCACCCAUCUCCAAGAAGUUCUCGGUCCCAUAACCCCGAUCCUCGUUGAGGAGACCUGGGAUCACACCCCGGAAGCAAUCAAGUCACACAGCGGUCACCCCUUACAGCGCCUCGCCGCCAGCCCUCCAGCAGAAUGGCAGGAUGCUGCACUGGACACCAGUUACCAGGAGAUCGUCGCCGUCCACUCAGUGAUCAAGAACCUACAAGAACAAGCCCGCAGCAAGAAGCAGCUAGGCUCCUCUCUGCAAUCCUUUGUGCACAUCUCCCUGCCCGGUGAUGAAACUUCUAUUUUCCACCGCCACCUAUCUGAACUUCCGGACCUCUUUGUCGUAUCCUCCGUCACGAUCGGCAAAUCUGGCGAGUCCAUCUCCGGAAAUAUUGCCGACGCAGAGUGGAAGUAUGAAGAAGAGUGCGAACUUCCGAGUGGCGAGAAGGGAACUGUGCACGUCUAUUCCCCCCCAGGCGUCGAAGUGCCCGCGAUGCUGGCGGUAUGCCGUUCCUGA